AUGUCCAGCCGCGAUGUCGUCGACCUCACGCAGUCGGAUGACGACUGCACACAAGCCCCGACGCCCGCCGCCGCGCCAAGGCCCGCGCCGCGGCCCGCGGCCGCGCCGCGGCCCGCACCGACGCCCGCCGCCGCGCCGAGGCCCGUGAAGACGCCCGCGGCGCCGGCGCCGCCCGCGGAGGUGACGCCCGACGCGCCGGCGCCGCCGCGCGCGCCCGCGCCGCCGCGCGCGCCGCCCCGGGACGACGACGACCCGGAGCUGAAGCGGGCCGAGAAGCGGCGGCGGCUCGGGGCACAAGCGUCCCAGGAGUCGGAGGAGGACCAGCUCGCGCGCAUCCUGGCCGAGUCGGAGGAGACCGAGCGGGCCGAGAAGCGGCGGCGGCUCGAGGCGCAAGCGUCCCAGGAGUCGGAGGAGGACCAGCUCGCGCGCAUCCUGGCCGAGUCCGCGGCGACGGCGGAAGCGGAAGCGCGCGCGCGCGCCGAGGCUCUGAGGCGCGCCGACGACGAACGAAAGCCGCUGACGACGGCCGAGUUCGUCGCCCUGUGGCGCGCGACGGAGGAGGGCACGGGCGUCGCCAUGACCGACAUCGAGGCGGGGACGCUGGUCCGCACGGGCAACGCCGCGGGCUCCGUGAGCGGCGCGACGCAGGACAAGGCCCAGUACGGGCGCCUCUUCUUCGGCGCCACGCGGACCGUCGCCGAGCUCACGAAUUUGAAGGCGUCGGAGGUUUUCGUGGACAUCGGGUGCGGCGUGGGCAACGCGACGAUGCAGAUGGCCUGCACGGUGGGCUGCGAGGCGCGGGGCAUCGAGCUCAUGCCGGACCGCCACAUCGUCGGCCACGAGCACAUGUGGCCCGCCCUCCAGCACGCCAUCGGCGAGCGCGACGGCCCCCCGCCCAAGGUCGGCGAGGUCGUCCUCCGGCAGGCGGACCUCGCGGACCCCGCGGUCGCGGAGUUCCUCAGCUCGGCGGACGUCGCCUUCGUGAACAACUACAACGAGAUCUUCGGCGCGCGGUCCUGCAAGCACGGCGAGCGGUCCCUCGACGAGCACGUCGCGCGCGUCUUCGCCUGCAUGAAGCCGGGCUCCCGCAUGGUCACGUUCCACCCGCUCGCGCUGGGCAUGGACGCCGAGAAGGUGAACGAGGUCCGCCGGGACCGGGGCCUGGCGCCCAGCGCCGACGCGUCCUUCUUCACGAAAGCGCAGUCGACGCUCGCGCCGGGCCCGACGGCCUGGGCGCCGCGCGGCGAGGACGUCGUCUCGUGGUCCGACGGGCCCAUCAAGGCCUACCUCUACACGCGCACGGCCCAGUCCCUCGAGAAAGCCUGCUUCCUCUGCACGAACCGAAAGUGCGUGGGCAAGGACAUCCCGACGGCCUUCGUCAACGAGGAGUCCCUCGACCUCGUCACGGAGUUCUUUCGGCCCAUGUUGACCAUCAAGUUGAUGUCCGCGGGGUCGGGCUGCGAAAUGGAUCCGAGCGAGAAUGAUGCCCCCAUGAAAGCGAGCAGAGAGGAGACGAAGGAGGAUGGCUGCGGCUGCCUGCUCGGCGGCAACGCUCCGACGAAAGCGAUGGAGACCGCGCCGAGCGAUGCGAGCGCGGCACUGGCGCUCGUGCGCCGCGCGGCGCUCGUCGCGAACCUGUCGAACCUCGCCUUCGGCUACGACGUCGGCGUCAUGAGCGGUGCGCUGCUCUACCUGCGGCGGCCGGACCAGCUCGGCUUCACCGACGUCCAGGCGGAAGUCGCCGCGAGCCUCUUCAACCUCGCGGCCGCGGCGGCGUCGCUCGGCGUCGCGGGGCCGCUCAGCGACCGCCGCGGCCGCCGCGCCGCGCUGCUGGUUUCCGCGGCGCUCCUCCUCGCCGGGUUCGUGUGCCAGGCGUUCGCGCCGUCCUUCGCGGUCCUGGCCUUUGGGCGCGCGCUCGCCGGGUCGGGCUCGGGCGUCGCGUGGGUCUCCGCGAGCACGUGUCGCCGCGUCUGGGCAAUUGGAUGGAUGCAGAUAUCUGCCUCGCCGCUAGGUACGCUCAUGGCCGAGCUCGCGCCGACGAAGGAGCGGGGGAAGCUCACGGCCGUCGCGGAUCUGGGCAUCAACGUCGGCAUCGUGGUCGGGUACGCGUCGUCGCUGGCGUGUAUCGGGGUCUUCCGGGACGACGAGCGGCGCUGGCGGUCCAUGCUCGGUUUGGGCGCUUCCCUGCCGGCGGCGCUCCUCCUCCUGCGAGGCGCGCUGCCCGAGUCGCCGCGCUGGCUUCUCGCGAACGGCCGCGCGGACGAGGCGCGCCGCGUGCUCGAGGCCUACCACGUGCCGGCGGACGCGGCGGACACCGCCGACGCGUUCGUCGCGCGCGUCGCCGGGCGCCGGCCGGCCGCGGCCGCGGCGCGCGCGAGCGAGACGGAGCGGCGGCGGUCGCUCCAGGGCUUCGCCGUCGCCGCCGCGGGGCAGGCGAACGGCAGCGAGGGCGUCCUGUACUACGUCGGCUACGUGCUCCGCGACGGCCUCGGCCUCGCGUCGCAGGUCCAGGUCCUCGCGGCGUCGCUCGGCGUCGGCGUCGUCAAGCUCCUCGGCGUCGUCGUCGCCAUGGCGCGCGUCGAGCGCGCGGGCCGGCGGCCCAUGCUCGCGCUGUCCGGCGCCUCCCUGGCCGUCACGCUCGCGCUCCUCGCGGCGACGGUCGCCGCGGGCGCGCCGAGCGUCGUCGUCGUCCUCCUGCUGUGCGCCUACAUGUUCGCGUUCUCGCUCGGGGCCGGGUCGCUCGCCGUCGUCGUCGCGACGGAGCUGCAGCCCGAGGCGAAUCGCGGCACGCUCGUCGCGCGCGCCGUCUUCCUGAACCGCCUCGUGAGCGGCACCUGCGCGGCGACGUUCUUGUCGCUGACGCGACGCGCCGGCGUCGACGGAACGUUCGCUUUUUACGCGGUCUGCUCCGCGAUGACCGCGGUCGUCUUCGCGCGCACGCCGGAGACGAAGGGUCUGGAUCUCGAGGCCAUCCACGCCGACGCCGGCGCGGACGUCGAGCUCCAGAGCCCGCUGCAGGGGGGCGCCGCGGUCUAA